GAGGGAAGGAGGAGGAAAAGAAGGAGGGCAGGGAGGUGGGAGAGACGGAGGGCGAGUGUGCAUACAGCAGCUGCCGGCAUCCCUGUCUCAGGGACUUCUUUGCUGAUUCACACAGGCAACCCAGCCCUGGCCUCCCAGCUUCCAGCCACCCAGCUGCUUCUCAGAACUGCCAGAAUCAGAAGGUAAUAAAUGGUCAACAGUUUGUCUGCUGCCUAUCCUCAUCUCCCCAUGAUCCUUGGUUCUGAUGCAACCUAUGGUCAUGCAGGGAUGCCCUUACACCCUCCCACGAUGUCGUGAGUGGUGGACUGCUGACCGGUUCCAUCACAGCAGCAGCCUCCGAUGCACCUGUGCCCAGCCUCAGGUUAGAGCUGCUAUCACUGCCCCUGCACUUCCUUGGAAUGGUGCUGGGGUUCCCUGCCUAAGUCCAAAGCUGCUGAACGGGUCUGUUGGCACUGUUGGCCCCUUGGAACCAUCAGCCAUGAAUCUGUGUUGGAAUGAAAUAAAAAAGAAGUCUCACAACCUCCGUGCUCGCCUAGAGGCCUUCUCAGACCACAGUGGAAAGCUUCAGCUCCCUCUCCAAGAGAUUAUUGACUGGCUCAGCCAAAAGGAUGAAGAAUUGUCAGCUCAGCUGCCCCUACAAGGGGAUGUGGCCCUGGUGCGACAGGAGAAGGAAACACACGCGGCCUUUAUGGAAGAAGUCAAGUCUCGGGGUCCCUACGUCUACUCUGUACUGGAGUCAGCUCAAGCCUUCUUGUCUCAGCAUCCAUUUGAGGAACUAGAAGAACCUCAUUCUGAGAGCAAAGAUACCUCCCCCAGACAGCGGAUACAGAAUCUGAGCCGCUUUGUGUGGAAGCAGGCAACAGUGGCCAGUGAACUAUGGGAGAAGUUGACCGCCCGCUGUGUGGACCAGCACCGCCACAUUGAGCGCACACUAGAGCAGUUAUUGGAGAUUCAAGGGGCAAUGGAGGAACUGAGCACUACUCUGACCCAAGCUGAGGGAGUCCGAGCCACUUGGGAGCCCAUUGGAGACCUCUUUAUUGAUUCACUCCCAGAGCACAUCCAGGCUAUUAAGCUAUUCAAAGAAGAAUUCUCUCCCAUGAAAGAUGGAGUGAAGUUGGUGAAUGAUCUGGCCCAUCAACUUGCCAUUUCCGAUGUACAUCUGUCAAUGGAGAAUUCCCGAGCCCUGGAGCAAAUCAAUGUCCGGUGGAAACAGCUACAGGUGUCAGUUGGUGAGAGGCUCAAGCAGCUCCAGGAUGCCCACCGAGACUUUGGGCCCGGCUCACAGCACUUCCUCUCCUCCUCUGUCCAGGUUCCCUGGGAAAGAGCAAUUUCACCCAAUAAAGUUCCCUACUACAUCAAUCACCAGGCGCAGACCACAUGCUGGGACCACCCCAAGAUGACUGAGUUAUACCAAACCCUAGCUGAUCUGAACAACAUUAAGUUCUCAGCUUAUCGCACUGCCAUGAAGCUCCGCAGAGUCCAGAAGGCCCUGCGCUUGGAUCUAGUAACUUUAACUACAGCUCUUGAGAUCUUCAAUGAACAUGAUCUGCAGGCCAGUGAGCAUGUGAUGGAUGUGGUAGAGGUCAUUCACUGCCUGACUGCCCUAUAUGAAAGAUUGGAGGAGGAAAGAGGCAUCCUGGUCAAUGUGCCACUGUGUGUAGACAUGACCCUCAACUGGCUCCUCAAUGUUUUUGAUAGUGGUCGCAGCGGAAAGAUGCGGGCAUUGUCCUUUAAGACUGGCAUUGCAUGCCUCUGUGGCACAGAAGUGAAGGAAAAACUUCAGUACCUCUUCAGCCAAGUAGCCAACUCAGGCAGCCAAUGUGACCAACGCCAUCUUGGUGUCCUGCUUCAUGAAGCAAUUCAGGUGCCCCGUCAACUGGGUGAAGUGGCAGCCUUCGGAGGCAGCAAUGUGGAGCCCAGUGUCCGUAGUUGCUUCCGUUUUAGCACUGGGAAGCCAGUCAUUGAAGCAUCUCAGUUCCUGGAAUGGGUCAACUUGGAACCCCAGUCCAUGGUGUGGCUGGCCGUGCUGCAUCGGGUCACCAUUGCUGAGCAAGUAAAGCACCAGACCAAGUGCUCUAUCUGUAGGCAAUGCCCUAUCAAGGGAUUCAGGUACCGGAGUCUGAAACAAUUUAAUGUGGAUAUCUGCCAGACGUGCUUCUUAACAGGCAGAGCCAGCAAAGGCAAUAAGCUGCACUACCCCAUCAUGGAAUAUUACACCCAGACUACAUCCAGUGAGAACAUGAGGGACUUCGCCACAACCUUGAAGAACAAAUUCCGCUCAAAGCAUUAUUUCAGCAAACACCCUCAGCGAGGCUAUUUGCCUGUGCAGUCAGUCCUGGAGGCCGACUACAGUGAGACACCGGCUUCUUCACCAAUGUUGCCACAUGCCGAUACACACUCUCGCAUUGAGCAUUUUGCCAGCAGGCUUGCUGAGAUGGAAAGUCAGAACUGCUCCUUCUUUAACGACAGCCUCUCCCCAGAUGACAGCAUAGAUGAGGACCAGUACCUGCUGCGGCACUCCAGCCCCAUAACAGACCGGGAGCCAGGCUUUGGACAACAUAUUCCACGCAGCAUGGCCACAGAAAGCAAGGGAGAGCUGGAGAAGAUCCUAGCUCACUUGGAAGAUGAGAACCGAAUUCUCCAGGGCGAGCUGAGGCGCCUGAAAUGGCAACAUGAGGAAGCGGCUGAGGCACCCAGCCUGGUUGAGGGCUCUACUGAGAUGACACAGGACCACGGCAAUGAGGAGCUCCUGGCUGAAGCCAGGAUCCUCAGACAGCAUAAGAGCCGCCUGGAGAUGCGCAUGCAGAUCCUUGAAGACCACAACAAGCAACUGGAGUCCCAGCUGCAGCGCUUGAGGGAGCUGCUGCUACAGCCACCUACAGAAGCAGAUGGCAAUGGAUCUGCAGGUUCAUCCCUAGCUUCCUCUCCACAGCAGUCAGAAGGCAGUCACGCACAGGAGAAAGGACAGACAACUCCAGACACUGAGGCUGCAGAUGAUGUGGGGUCCAAGAGCCACGAUGUCAGCCUGUGCUUGGAGGACAUCAUGGAGAAGCUCCGCCAUGCAUUCCCCAGUGUACGAAGCUCUGAUGUGACUGCCAACACACUUCUGGCUUCUUGAUGGAGCCAGAUCCCUGUCCCAUAAUCUGUCAUCCUCUCCUGGUUCUGGUCAAAGACUUCCCUCAACCUACACCUAACCGUUCCAGUACCCACGGGCCCCACAUCCCUUAACCAGAGUUAUUUGGGUUCCAGGCUUCAACAUGAAUCUGGUGUAUGUGAAGGAUGUAAAGUGCAAUCAAGGGAAAGGGAGGCAUGAUUCCUCUGACUGUAGAAAUGGGCCCUUUAACCCUUGAGUUUGAGACCAGUCACUUGUUCCACCCUUUGUUACAGGCCAAGAAAAUAGCAACUGGCUAUUUAGAUGGGGAGCAGAGAAGCUGCCUUAUAGAGCUAAGUAGUGCCCCCUGAGCCCUUUCCCUUCUUCACUGAAUCAUGGAGAGGGACAAGCCCAAUGGCCAGGGUGUCAGUAGGAUGAAUCUACAGGGAUUAGCACUACUUCCUAGUACAAUUCAGGGAAGCAAAAGGGUAUCCCUGAGACCACCCUUCCAAAGUGCCCCUGAAGAAGUGUGGGCAGGGUAUGUCCUAAUUACUUCAGUUCCAGGACAUAGUUCUAACUCUCUAGAUUCUACCUACCUGUUGUUUCCUCUUUGAAUAUCUUUAGUUCCUUCUGUCACAGCCCAUGGAAGACCUUCCUUGAGGGGGAAACAGUUCAUUCUGGUUUCUGCUUCAACCUUACAUUUUGAAACAUUAAAGAAAUACUUGUGGA